CAAAUAAAAUCAAAGUUUACGUCCAUUUCACUUGAAGAUAACAAUUUAAAUAUUAAAAAGUAAUAAAGAAUGUCGUCAGUCAUAACUGUUUACUGUAUAACUAAAAUAAAUUCAGCUACCGACUACUUACUUACUCCUAUCUAUGUUUCACCAUCUACAUAGAAUUUUUUAAAUAUUUUUUCAUUAUUCCAAGGUUGUAUAAAAGAAUAAAAUAUCGCGUAGUGUUUGGUAGUACCAGUAGAACUUGAGAUGCUUAGUGUUGUGCUUCUGUUCGUGGUGUGGUGCGCAUGCUUGGUGCUGGUGAGGAGGCUGAGGCCAGCUCAUCCGCUGCCACCAUCCUACCCUGGCGAGCUACCGAUCUUGGGACAUACACAUCUGAUUAGUGGUGAUACUGAAAAAAUAUGGGAGAUUUUGAAAGAGAUGUCGGAGAAAUGUGUGGAAAAUGGUGGCGUCCUACAUGCGAAAAUUGGAACUCAAAUCUAUUACCUGGUAACAGACCCUGAUGAUGCCCUGACGGUGGCCAACAACUGCCUCCACAAACACUUCAUCUAUGAUUACGUGAGGACCUGGCUCGGCAAUGGAUUGCUCACAUCUUCAGGAGAAUUCUGGCAGCGCCACCGCAAGCUCCUGAACCCAGCAUUCACAGUGCCGGUGAUCCACAACUUCCUGGGCAUCUUCAACCACAUGGCCAAGCAGCUGGUCGGCGAGCUGGAGGUCCACGCAGACCGCGGACCCUUCGAGAUAUCCCCCUACUUGAGGGUCAUAUCCUUCCAAACUUUUAGCCGAACUGCAUUCGGUAUAGCAGAUGAAAGCGUAAAAGAGUUUGCAAAGAAGUACAUGGAAUCAUCAGACCAGGUGAUGAACUUGGUGGUGUAUAGGUUCCAGAACUUCUUGCUACAUAGCGACCUGAUCUUCAGGCUGACUGGGCUGAAGAAGAAACAGGAUCAUCUGAUUAAAAGGCUGGAUGAUAUGGCCAAUCAAGUGAUAGAGAGGAAAAAGGCUGAAAUGAAAAUGGCCAAUGAGAAAAAAGAGAACGAAUGGUCGACGACAAACACAAGAUACAAGCCCUUCAUGCGUUUACUAAUGGAACUGAAGAACGAUGAUACUCUUACCGACAAGGAGAUAAAAGAAGAAGUGGACACUGCUAUAGUGGCAGGCUUCGAUACCACGUCCAAUUGUCUCACCUGCCUUCUAGUCCUGCUUGGAACACACCCUGAAGUGCAAGAGAAGAUGUAUAAAGAAAUAAUACAAGUUCUAGGUCCUGACAGAGACAUUGAGAAGGAUGACAUCAAGCACCUGGUUUACACGGAGGCUGUCAUCAAGGAGGCUCUCAGGGUGUUCCCUAUUGGACCUGCAUUGCUGAGAUAUGUAGAUAGGGAUGUUAAACUUAAAAACUACACAAUGAGAGCAGACAGCCAGGUCGUGAUCCUCGCUCGGGGUGCCCACAGGAGUCCCAUAUUUGGUGACGAUGUUGAGGCAUUCAGACCUGAACGAUGGCUGGAUCCCAGCGUGACGGCUAUGGGGAACAAUGCCUUCUAUGGAUUUAGUUUAGGAAAACGAUCGUGUAUAGGUAAAGCCUAUGCAACGGUUUCAAUGAAGACAACUCUCUCUCAUCUCCUGCGCAAAUACAAAAUAAUAUCUAAUGUAAACGAUAUGAGGUUUAAAGUAGACAUGGUACUAAAAACGACUACAGCGCCGGUACGCAUAGUGAGAAGAAAUUGAAACUAACUUGAAAAAAAA